CGGCCACACCGUCCGCGUCCGCGGCGCCCGUGUACUGUGCGUAGUGCAAUGACCGCGAUGCGCACUUGAUGUGCGGCCCGACGCGCUUGAAGGUGGGUGGUCACCGCUCGUUCGUGCUCUAGUGACAUGUUACACAACUAGGUUGUUAGACUGUGCUCGUGAUAUCCGCUAGGGUUCCAGCUGGAAGACAGUGCUUACCUAAGUACUCGUCAAAAAUGCAGCCCUUCCAGUCGACGACGCGCCCUGAGGGCCCGCGCGAGUCCUCCCCCGAGAGGGCGAAGUCUCCGGACACUCCCACCACACCCGUGCUCAACUUCUCCAUAGCGAGGCUGAUGGAGCCAGACAGAAAGAAGUCCGUAUCCCCUGAACUGCCGCCACCUCCCGGUUUUCUUUCAUAUGGAGCGCAUCUGUUAGACUCGGCGUUUAAACAGUACAUUCCUGCAGCGAGGAGGCAACUGGUCUCCCACUAUCCGCUACUGUAUUAUGGACCAGACUUGGUAUCAUUAACUUACGCCCAUCAGCUGCAUCUACCGCGUCCACCGCCUGUGCAAUCUCCAGUCCAAAGAGUUCCGAGCCCCAGACCUGCUGCAGCAGACCACGCGGUCUCCUCGACGACCGGCCCCACUCCAUCACCAGCGAAAAACAAAAGCUUUGCGUGCGGAGACUGCGGCAAAGUCUUCAACGCCCAUUACAACUUGACGAGGCACAUGCCCGUCCACACCGGCGCGAGGCCGUUCGUCUGCAAGAUCUGCGGGAAAGGCUUCCGCCAAGCGUCCACGCUGUGCCGACACAAAAUCAUCCACACCUCAGAGAAGCCCCACAAAUGUCUGACCUGCGGAAAAGCCUUCAAUCGCUCAUCAACCUUGAACACUCACGCGCGAAUCCACGCCGGCUACAAGCCUUUCGUCUGCGAAUUCUGCGGGAAAGGCUUCCACCAAAAAGGGAAUUACAAGAACCACAGAUUGACGCACAGCGGGGAGAAGGCUUACAAAUGCAGCAUAUGCAACAAAGCGUUCCACCAGGUCUACAACCUGACGUUUCACAUGCACACGCACAACGAGCGGAAGCCUUUUACAUGCAGCAUAUGCGCCAAGGGUUUCUGCAGGAACUUCGAUCUCAAAAAGCACACGCGGAAGCUUCACAUGGGGGCCGGGAGUUCCAACAAUGAUUCGUCUUUAGACACACAAGACGAGUCUACACAGGAAGCGACGACCAGUCCUACUGAAGAAGCGCGAGCGGCGUUCAGACCUUUCCUGGGAGCGUCCUACCCUCGGAUCCUGGACCCCGCGCGGAUGACCGCGCCUAACACGUUUUUCUCAAAACUCUUGUGACCCGAGAACUAUUUUAAAAACUACAGCGAAGCAGCUUCGCUUUAAAUGAAUGAAUCGAUUGCGGAUUUGAUAAAGUGCGUGCACACUGGUACUUUCACCGCGCGUUUACUAAUCGCAUUCUACAGGACUAUACAAGGUUUUGUUUUCGUAAGGCGGAAGUACAUUAGUGUGGAAUGAUACUCGCGUAACACCGUAGCUAAUUAGGUAAAUGUCUAUAUUUUGUAAAUAUUUUAGAAAUGUAAGUAGGUAUUCGUUUAAGAUGUUUAUGUAGUAAUGCACUUACAAUGUUGCCAUAAAUAUAGUUAUCUAAUCUAGAUAUUCAAAUCUACAGUCUUGAUGUUACCACAAUCACGAAAAUUAUAGCUUUGGCUCUGUUGUAUCAUUAUUAACUUUACACCUGCAGUUUCUAUGCGCUUUAAAUUGUAAAGUCGAACUGUUCAGUUAUAUCGUUCGUGUGUAGUGUCACUUUAAACUAUAGUUUUUCUAAUGAUUUUAAUUGAAGUUUUGAUCAGAUAAAACUGUACAAUUAAACUGCGCAGUUAAAACUGAAGGUCUGUUGUCUGGAAUAUGUUCAUAACUCCGGUAAAAACCGUGCAAGUACGAGUUAUAUCCAAAAUAAUAACAUCUCUAUUCGACUCCCCUCCAUUGAUAUAGCAAUACUGUUGUGAUACACAGGGUAGCACAGAAAGUAAAUAAAAGACUUUGCUGUAUUGCAGCAGUACCUAUCUAUCUGUAGAUAUAUUGAGCGAAACGUGUAUUAAACUUAUAGCAUCGACAUAUCUUGCAGUGCGUAAACUACCUUACUGCCAUCAUCAGUCGAAAAUUUGUAACUUAUUUAAUUUUUUUUUUAUUUUUUCAUAUUAAGUACAUGGAAAACAUACAACAGCCAAACGUAGAACGUCUCAAUUUUUGGAAGUAGGUUAAAUUUUUUUCAAUGUGAGUUACGGCCUUUCUGAUUAGCACAGUGAAUCAUUGUUAACUUUCUGUGCUAUUGAUUAAGUAAAUUGUAAAUAAAUUAUUGAUAUAAACUGUAGUUUCUAUGUGGAUAGCGUUGUUGAAUGUAAUCUACUUAUUAGAUAAAUAAUUGUGAUUAUGUAUGGGAUCUAGUAGGCGACAGUUACAUGACUUACCAAUUGUAAAAUACAGUAAGAUUAUAAAUAUGUGAUUGUAAAUACUUAUUGAUAAUUGAAUAGAUGAUGAUCGCACAUCUGUGGUCGAUGCAGUCAGGUACAGAUGUGCAGUCACCUUUAGCUGAUGUCAACUGCAAUAUAUUGAGUGAAUGUAUAUCAUGAAAUUAUAAAUGCCUAUUAUGAAAAUCUAUAUAGAUACCUCAUGUGUUUUUUUUAAAUACCCACUUGUGCUACAAAAGAAGAAAAAGGUAAUACGAAUUUUUAACAUCUGUUGUAAAUCAUAAUAUUCACUUGUCGGGAUGUAGAGCUAAACAUUUUAAGUUUUAGAUUUUUUUAAUUUGCUUAUCUGACUUUGUUUUAAUACGCUUUUCCAGGUGCAGACAUUUUUUUUAAAGAAAGCGUCGAAACACAAUCUUCUUA